AUGGCUUCAAAGAUCACAAUCUUCGUCUUGCUUGCUCUCGUCGUCGCUUGUACAAUGAUGGUGAGUAUUCCGGCCGCGGAUGCUGAGCUUGUUUAUCCUUGCAAAACAACUUAUGAUUGCGAAAACUUUCCCUGCUCGGGCCGGUCAUCUCAAUGCAUAAAGGGACAAUGCAGAUGCACCACUUUAUUGACUAAUCAAGCAAAACUUGAAAACCAAAGGACAAUGGAUAAUGCUCAGACAUGCAAGCUGACGAGUGAUUGCGAUCCUCGUAUGAAAUAUUCUUGUCCAUCGGGCUCUUAUAUGUGUGUUAAUGGCCUUUGUACUUGCAUCUAGUCUUAUUGUAAACACACAUAUAUGCAUAUCUCUUGCUUUUACCAUCGUUGGAUGAUUUUCUCAAGGAUGAUAUAAUAACAUGUAUUCAGAAAAAAAUAUUCAAUGGAGUUAUGUUUUGAUGUUUAGAAA